CGUACGGCGACAAUAAGAUCGACCAUGGCUCGCGUCGCUGCCAUUGCGCGUUGGCUCGCGUCGCUCUGCUGCUGCCUAGCCGGCGUGGCAAGCACCACGUGCCCUGCGCCCAACGACACGUCAACGUGGAUGGCGUAUCCGUCAACCGACCAGCGGUUCACGCCCCGCGACGGCCAUGCCAGCGCCGUCUUUCGCGGCAAGCUCUGGGUCAUUGGCGGGCAGUCGGGGCCGUACACGACGCGGCAUUUGAUUCGCACGACGCGGCGGUCGGACAUUUGGACGUCGGUGGACGGCGACGUGUGGUCGCAGGUCAUUGACGAGUCGCCCUUUCCUCGUCGGUUUGGGCACUCGCUCACGGUCUUUCUGGAGCCGUCGCUGAGUGGCCAGCCGAUUCUGGUGCUGCUCGGCGGCUACGUGCCAACGCCGGCCAACGACAUUUGGUACUCGCUCGAUGGCGUCGCGUGGACCCAAGUCAGCUAUAACGUGCCGUGGGCACCUCGCGGAUGGCACUGCGCGAUGGCGCUCAAUGGCAUCUUCUACGUCAUGGGCGGCAGUCCACUCAACAACGACGUGUGGUACACCAACUCGGUCGUGGGCGGCAACUGGAAGAAGCUGUCGAGUGUGCCAUGGAGUCCCCGCGCCGGCCACGCCUGCGUGACGCACUCAAUUCGCAACGCCACGCUCGGCGAUGCGUCCGCCCAAUACGUCGGUGUUCUUCUCGGUGGCUGGGGCGCCGACACGGAGAUGCUCAACGAUGUCUACCGCCUUGACACUUCGCAGACGUGGGUGACAGCCACGGCAGCCGCGGAAUGGCCGGUCCGCGCCUUCACGUCGCUCAUCUCGCUCCACGCCAGCACACCGUCCGACUACCUCUUUGGCCCGCGUCUCUGGCUCCUGGGGGGCGGCCGCAUUGGCCACGGCAUCUGGCCCAUGCACACGUACGCAGACGUAUGGCAGAGCCGUGACGGGGUUUCCUGGCUUCCGAUCAGCUCGGAUGCGCUCGGCGAGUCGACGGCCGGCUGGUGCCAGGUGCUCAUCGACGGCGCGUACACCUGCCUCGGCAAGUGGGGCCACACGGCGCUGGUGACGAACCGCAGCAUUCCCAACGUCAACGUCUGCGGCUUCAACUGCCGGUCCGAGUCGAACGUCACGAACCUCAACGGCAGCGUGAUCCCGCAGUGCGAUCCUAAAGCGACGCCGUCUGGCGCGACGAUCUCGACGACCAUUGUCAACGGCAUCUACCACAUGAGCUCGUCGUUCGCCGACGGCUGCGGCGUCUGCGCAACCGCGCGCUACUACCCGGUGACGACGCUCCCGGCCAUCGUCGUCCUCGGCGGGUCCACGGGCGGUGACAAGGUGGCCGACGUCUUUCGUUCGACCGACUUUUUUUUGUGUGAAAAGAACGGCCUCGUGUGCAGUAGCCAAGGCUCGUGCGUCACGGGCGGCGUCUGCAUGUGCGACCCGCUCUGGGGUGGCGAGUACUGCGACCAGCUCCUUCCGCCCAGUGCAGGGCAGUACCGUUCGCCGUCGGCUCUACUUGUUGCCGCUGUGUCCGUCCUCUCCAUGGUCACGUCAUAAGCGCCCAACAUGUACGAGUGCAUGGUUGAC